ACUGCAGCUUUGGUGAUUAAGUUUUACCACGUCCCAGUGAUGGGGAACUUAGGUAUGUUGGGGGAGAAAGUAGAAACACGUAUCAUUCGAUUAAGCAAGGGUAUUUCCUUUCAAGAGCUUGUUCAAAAAACCUAAGAAUUUAUAACCAAGCCCAUACCAAAAAGUAUCAGUUGCCUGGGGAGGUUCUUGAUGCAUUGGUCUCUAUAUCUUGUGAUGAGGAUCUGCAUAACAUGACGGAGGCUUGCAGAAACGGAGGAUAUUCCUUUUCGCUAGUAAUGAUUUGGAGGAAUGCUCAAUAUGGCUUGCGGAGUGUAGAGGGUGAUUCUGAGAUUCAAUAUGUUGUUGCCGUAAAUGUCAUGGAUCUGGGGACUAGAAAAAAAACUCAAUUUCAGCAAGUGCGUCUGAGAACAAGUUGGAUGGAGGUUUGAAUGUUGCAAGGGAGGCGAUCGGAUUGUGACUGAAGCAACUGUUACUAGUUCUGCUUCUUUGGCAACUAAUGCACCUUCAACAACGGUCCAAUCUUCUGAACCAGUUUUGGCGAGUUCAUCCAGCACUCAUGCAUCUAGUUCACAGCCAUAUUCAGAGCAAAAAUUGUGUUACAGAGAGGAUAGCCAGCAGUUGUCUUCCACUUCCAAGUAGAUGGGAAGACAAAUGUUCCUUUGUCUGCUGUUCUCAAGUUGUAACUGAAGGGAGAAAGAAUGUUGAAGAUGACUUCAGCUGCCUUGAGCCAUCUGUGCUUCUUCAGCAAGAUUUUUGUUCAGAUAGAAUCCCCAGGGAGCAGGCACAAGUGAACUGUUUAUCAAAGUCUGAUGAUUCUUCUGGGUCUCAGUUUCUAACGAGUCAAGCACAUUCUGAUUAUUCCCAAAUGAUUAGAGAAGCAGUUGAUAACAUUCAUGAUGGGAAUGUGUGUCCUCAAGCUGAUCAAUCUGUCACGUCUGCAAAUCCAAGGUUUGAAGAUCAUACGAUUGUUAUGGAUGGGCUUGCAGAAUUUGAAAAUUAUAAAGGUUAUGCUGAAAUAGAUAUCUCUAAUAUCUCUGAGGAGAGACUUGAGUCAACUGAGCAGAAAUCUCAAUUGAAAGAAAUCUCAGUUGAGAGCCCUGCUGAUGAAGAAGCAACUGUGUUAGAUCAUCCCACAGCAAGUCAGAAUUUCUGUUAAGCACCUUGAAGAGCAUUCUUUGAAGCCGUCUGAAUUUGAACGGAUUGAGAAGGAUGGAAACAAGAAUACAGGAAAUGAUGCUAAGGGGCAUGAAUAGUCUUUGGUGUGGGCAGAGGGACCAACUAGACCAACUUCCUAUGUACAGCCUGCUGUUUCUGUAAGCACUUCUGAGUAAGGAGACAUACUUAUUGAUAUUAACAAUCAGUUCCC